AUGUGGCGGCAACGGUUUCCAGGCGCUUGGGGCGGGGCGAGCGGCCUGAACCCGGAAGCGGAACGGGAGAGCGCGGCUCUCGUUCCCCACCCGGAGCGGGGGCGGCGGCGGACCGGCGGGGGACUGAAGCUGCGGGGCACUGGAGGCAUGGAAGGGCAGCCCGGCUGUAGCUCCAGCAGCAGCAGCAGCAGCAGCGGCAGCAGCAGCGGCGGUGGCGGCGGCCGGUCCUGGCCGAGCCAAGGCCUGCAGCCUCUGGGCGCAGCCGGCGGCGACGGCCCGACCAACUGGAUGACCAGCCAUCCCCAGUUUGUGGAGAUGCAGGAAUUAGAAGUAGCAGACAGCUCUCAAGUAUACACAGCAUUCUUAGUUUACUUGGACCUUCUAGAAGGAAGGAACUGGCAUGAGGUGAAGUGUGUUGGAUUAGCAGAAGUCCAGCUCAUCUGUCUCUAUGGUCAGGAGAAAGAAGAAGAAAGCUUCCAGGCUGUGGUACCGAUGUCUGUCCAUGCAUCCCUCAGUCAUGAGAGGAUAAGGGAAAUUAUGACACACGCUUGCAAGCUCCAGCAAGAGCCCGAUUCUCCAAUGUCAAUCACCUUGGCCAUAGUGGAAUCCGAUUCCACCAUUGUCUAUUACAGACUGACGGAUGGAUUUGUCAUACCGGAGCCUCCCGAGGAUGAGGGAGUUGCAGAGAGUAAACAUUGGAAGAAGAAAAAGAGGAAAUGUGUGAGAUGAUUCCUGGACUGUCAAUGGGACCGCUGUUUUCUGGUGGAAGGGAGGGACAGCGGGACCUGCCUGUCCAUAAAUGAGGGUUUCUUCUCCCCUCAGGCUCUUGCCCUGUGGACGGGAGGAACAGCCUGGAAGUUUGGUAAAUGUGUCUGAUUCUUGUAAAUGGAAGGGAAUUGCUUCCCUCUGGCCCUGGACAGGUAGACUCUCUAGCACAUCACAAUAAUAGAUGAUGUAUUUAAUACAGAUUUCUUGAAAGCAUGGUGGGCAGGGGGUUCUGCACUAAAAAUUUGGCAUUCUUAUCCUGGAAGGAAACCUCUGGAGGGAGUGGGACAGAGGGGGAUUCUAAUGAAUAUGAAUUUCAAUGUAGCUGGAUUUUUUUAAAAAAUACUUUGAUUGUGGCUGUUGUAUUAAAAUACUCUGCAAUUCUUUAUAA